UUUUUUUAACCUUGGUUAUUUGGCCAAGAAUACACAAGCUCAAACUUGUAAACGCUGAUGGUAGCCUUUGAAAGUUUCCUGAUUGGGCCUUUAAAAAUCUUGACAAUGGCUGGGUGGAACCUUACUGUAAUGUACUUGUUUCACCAGAGCCUUAGUAAGUACAUGCCUGAGAUUGAAACCACACACACUUUGGUACUUUGAAAGUAAUGGAAGGUAAACUCAACUUAUUUCUUUUCAAACCUAGAUGUAUCGGCAAGCAACAUAAUGGAGGACUUGGGGAGAAAGGACCACACAAAAACUCAGUCCAUCAGAGUCCUUGGAACAAGCAACUGGCUAUUGAAAAGGAUAACGUGGAAAGAGCAGACGCUCUACAGCUGUCAGUGGAAGAAUUUGUAGAACGAUACGAAAGACCUUACAAGCCCGUGGUUCUGCUGAAUGCCCAAGAGGGCUGGUCUGCCCAGGAGAAGUGGACUCUGGAACGCCUCAAAAGGAAAUACCGGAACCAGAAGUUCAAGUGUGGUGAAGACAACGAUGGCUACUCCGUGAAGAUGAAGAUGAAAUACUACAUUGAGUAUAUGGAGAGUACCAGAGACGACAGCCCCCUUUAUAUCUUCGACAGCAGCUAUGGUGAACACCCCAAAAGAAGGAAGCUCUUGGAAGACUACAAGGUGCCCAAAUUUUUCACUGAUGAUCUGUUCCAGUAUGCAGGGGAGAAGCGCAGGCCCCCUUACAGGUGGUUUGUGAUGGGACCACCACGAUCUGGAACGGGAAUCCACAUCGACCCUCUGGGCACCAGUGCCUGGAAUGCCUUAGUUCAGGGGCACAAGCGCUGGUGCCUGUUCCCUACCAGCACGCCCAGGGAACUCAUCAAGGUGACCCGUGAAGAAGGAGGGAACCAGCAAGACGAAGCUAUCACCUGGUUUAACAUCAUUCAUCCCCGGACACAGCUCCCAACCUGGCCACCCGAAUUCAAACCCUUGGAAAUCUUACAAAAACCAGGAGAGACUGUCUUCGUACCAGGAGGCUGGUGGCAUGUUGUCCUCAAUCUUGACACCACCAUUGCCAUCACCCAGAACUUUGCCAGCAGUACCAACUUCCCUGUGGUAUGGCACAAGACGAUACCGCACGGGCAGCGGCAGUGCAAGCCACCCCCAGCCACCCCGUGCCACUGUGUCCCAACCCUGACCUGGAGGGACCAGCUCUCGGGGAUCUUGAAGCAAGAGCACCCCGAGCUGGCGGUCCUGGCAGACUCCGUUGACCUGCAGGAAUCCACGGGAAUCGCCUCCGACAGCUCCAGCGACUCCUCCAGCUCGUCCAGCUCCAGCUCGUCCGACUCAGACUCUGAGUGUGAGUCUGGGUCCGAAGGUGAAGGGAUGGUGCACCGCAGGAAGAAGAGGAGGACGUGUGGCAUGAUGGGGAACGGGGACACCACCUCCCAGGAUGACUGUGUGAGCAAAGAGCGCAGCUCCUCCAGGGUCAGCGAAAAAGAGAAAGACCCUCAACGAAAUGGACUGACACAGCGGCUGCAACAAUGGGUCCAAACAUAGCAACAAUUGUGAGGAUGGCGCGGGGCCGGGCAGUGUUUCAUUCUCUUGUGCAUCCAACUCAACGGCACCUGACAACAACCACCACAAACAGUACAGGGGAAUUCAUUUCCCCUUGUUUCAAUUUUAUGCCAGCUUUUCAAUUUCCUACCAGUUGUCCCCCUCUAAACUUCCCUUUAAACAGAUGAAGAAAAAAAUGGCUAUUUGCCACCAGGGGGUGCGGUAGAGCCUGUUCGCCAGCAGCUGGGAUGCUGGAGAGGGAAUUUGAAGAUGAGCGACCCAGUUCCUUCUCCAUAUGCUGAAGGCAAUUCCUGUUUGAUAAGCAACACUCAGAGUCAGGAGGUCCAGCCUGCCUGGCAGGUAUGCAGUUGCCUCUCCCGAAAGCAUCUGUGUAGCACAGGUCACGUGCUACUGUUUGGCAAUUGCCCCCCCCCCCCGCCCAUGAAGAACCACAGGACACAUUUAAUUUGUUCUAGCCACAGCCAGGGGUUCAGCUCCCGACCCAUUUCCUGCCGCCAGGGGCCAGCUGAGCACAGAGAGAAGCAAAGCCAGAAGAGGCGGGAACCAAGGGUGAGAGGAGUGGUGGCCAAGGACCUGGAUGGGGUAGUGAGCAGGAAGCCGGGAUCUGUUUGUUCUCAUGUCACCUGGCAGAAGCUUCUCCUGCGUAGUGUCUACGACAGGGAGGAGAAGGGUAAAAUAUGAGGCUUUCUGUAGCGGUUACUCUAAGAUGGCAGCUAACCUGCAAACCAAAGUGCUGGCUCUGGAGGAAGGUUCUUGGCCUAGUAACUACUUCUGGGGAGGAGCCGGGUGGGAGGACGUGAGUGGGGACCCCAGACAGCCAGGGCAUCAGGGGCCUGGGUCUUGGGGAACAGGGGAGGCACCAAGGCUUUACCAUCAGCCUGGAGUACUCGUUCCCAUGCACGGAUGCCUCUGGGUGGUUUAGUAAUUGUGUGAUGGGAGAGCCCCUGAAAACAGGGACAUUUUCAGUCAUAUCUGGCCCAUAUUUGGAGCUGCUCCUCUGUUACUACUUCCUGCGUUUAGCAGUACACGGGUGCCAGCCACCGUUCCAGGUGCUGGAGAAGCGGUGGUGAAAAGAAAAGCCCAGGUCUCAGGCCCCCCGUGACCCACAUGCUAACGGACAGUGAAGGUGCUGUGUCCACAGGCCGCUGGUCAUGGCUGCUGAGCUGUGCACGCCCAUUUCUGUACCUGGAAAACAAAUCCUUACGGAGCCCAGGCUUCUUAGCACUGCAGGAAAGAGCACAGUUGACACGGUAGCUGUGUGUGGACAGUAGCGCAGGGCUUCUCUGUAAAUUAGCUAACGGUACUGGAGUUAAGGAUCAGCCAGAAAGUGGCCGGGGUGGAGCGCUUUAGAAACGUAUUAGGUGUUCAGCCUUGAUAUGAUUUAGGUUUUGGAAAAGAGCAUGGGCUAGAACAGGAGCUUUGUGGUCAGUUUCGUGAAAAGUGCUGUCUAGGAGGUAGAUGUAUAAGGACGCACCUGUAGGUUCCUUGUCUGUGUGUAGCGUUUCCACUCCUCAGUUGUUUUUGAUAUGUGUGCUGAGUACUGCUGAUGGAAUCCAUGGAGAGUCUGAUCUCCCCACCCCACCCCCGCCUGUGUCAGGAUGUCACAUUGAUGUUACAUUGUAUACAGCAAAACCAGAUGAGCUCUGUGUCCUCAGGUGGUGGCUCUCCACCUUGUCUCCUUGUUAGUUCAGAAACUGAAGUUAUUUAGUGCCCACUGGAUCUCGAGGGAGGAGAAGCAGCCCUGGGCUGCUGUCUGCAGGCAACAGGGCACUGCAGAAGAGCAGGACUGUCCUCGCACUGGGCCUCCUGUCAUCGUCGCAGGAUGCUCUGAGCAGGCUCCGAGUUCUGCUUCAUCUGCUAUGGGGUCCACCACGGAAUGCCUGUGGGUCUGCCAUUUGUGACUGGUAUUUUUAACUUUGACAUGGAUGAAACUUGUUCAUCAUUUUAAAUAAAGCAACUUGACUUGGA